AUGUAUUGUAGGAGAACCAUUCUGCUUAAAUAUUUUACAUUAAUCCUCAUCUCUCUGCAAACAUGCAAUGCUAGGAAGAGCAAACACAACUGUUCCCCUUCUGCUUGUGGCCAUAUCCGUAACAUAAGCUACCCUUUUCGCUUAAACACCGAGCCAGAAUAUUGUGGAUGUGGUCGAGCAUUUGAAUUAGCUUGUGAAGGUAACCAAACAGUUAUAUCGUUAUUCUCCAAGAAGUUGCACGUUCAAGACAUCUACUAUGAUACUGAAGCAAUUCACCUGGUAGAUCCAACUUUACAAACACAAGAUGAUCUCUGCUCUUUCAGACCUAUGCAUAUCUUCUUCGACCAAGCCUAUACAUUCUUCCUGUCAAACUAUGCAGUAGAUCCCAUUUUCAUGAUCGACUGUCCAUUUGCUGUUAAUAAUUCUUCGACACUUCUGGAAAUUAGUGGCUGCAAAUUAAGCAGACACACUUAUUUAAAGAUUAGUGAUAUAGAUGCCUCUGCACUCAGCGAUGGAUGCAGAGUGGAAUUGAUAGGCCUGACCUCAUGGCAUAAUAUUAAUUAUACAGAGAAUAACAUUUCCCUUUCUGAUUUUCAUCAAGCAAUCCUCUACGGAUUUGACCUUCAUUAUGAUCUGCGGUUUUCUUCACAAAGGAUAAGUUAUCGACCAAGUUUUAUUGACCAGAUUGUCGGUGAGGACUCAAACUUUUCUCUACAUGUUUUCUUGAUGGGAUUCUCUGGAUUGGUCUGA